AUGUCAAGCGCACAAGCAGGUACCAGCGUCGACGCUGCCCGCCCAUCCAAGCGCAGCAAGAUGGAAGCUCCCGAGACCGAGACUAUCACCAAUCCGUAUCUGGCCCACAUGAACGGAGAUGAUGCUUCGUCUUCUGCUGCCGCUAACUCGAACGGCUCAGUUGCAGACGACCAUCCGCUCGCUGGUCUUAUACCGCGCAAGGUGACUGGUCCUCAGGCACGAAAGGUGAUGGAGGGCGACGUCAACCCCUUCUCCGUUGCGCCCAAGCCGUUCUCGACCGAAUACAAGAAGAUUCUGGCAAAGAGGAAGGAGCUUCCCGUGUACGCACAGAUGGACGACUUCUACCAGCUCUUUAAUCACAAUCAAAUCAUGGUCAUGAUUGGUGAGACUGGUUCCGGUAAAACCACCCAGAUCCCCCAAUUUGUUGCCUACUCAGAUCUUCCAAAUACACAGAAGACCAAGGGCGCCGACGGCGUCUUGGCUCCUCGCAUGAUCGCGUGCACCCAGCCGCGUAGGGUAGCUGCCAUGAGUGUUGCCAAGCGUGUUGCAGAAGAGAUGGAUGUCUCGCUUGGCAAGGAGGUCGGUUACACUAUCCGUUUCGAGGAUGCCACCGAUCGAAGGACCACUUUCCUCAAGUACAUGACCGACGGUAUGCUUCUGCGCGAAGCCAUGCAUGACCACAAUUUGGAGCGUUACAGCUGUAUCAUUCUCGAUGAAGCGCACGAACGUACGCUUGCCACCGAUAUCCUGAUGGGCCUGUUGAAGGAGGUUGUUCAAAGGCGUUCGGACCUCAAGCUGAUCGUCAUGUCGGCCACGCUCGACGCGCUUAAGUUCCAAAAGUACUUCAACGACGCUCCUCUGCUCAAGGUCCCUGGUCGAACCUUCCCUGUCGAGACUUUCUAUACUCCUGAGCCAGAGCCAGACUACCUGGAAGCUGCUAUUCGCACCGUGAUCAUGAUCCACCAGGCAGAAGAUGCAGGCGACAUCCUUGUCUUCCUCACCGGUGAAGAGGAGAUUGAGGAUGCCUGUCGCAAGAUCAAGGCAGAGGCUGAUGACCUGGCAACCACAAAUCCGGACCUCUGUGGACCGCUCAAAGUGGUACCGCUCUACUCUUCGCUGCCGCCUGCACAGCAGCAGCGCAUCUUUGACGCUGCUCCGGCGCCCCUUACACCCAAUGGUCCCCCUGGACGAAAGGUAGUGGUCAGCACCAACAUUGCCGAAACGUCGCUUACCAUUGAUGGUAUCGUUUACGUGGUUGAUCCCGGUUUCAGCAAGCAAAAGGUGUACAAUCCGCGUAUCCGUGUCGAAUCGCUGCUGGUAACGCCUAUUUCCAAGGCCUCGGCGCAGCAGCGAGCAGGACGUGCAGGACGUACGCGUCCAGGCAAGUGCUUUAGACUGUACACGGAAAAGGAUUGGGCCAACGAGUUGAUCGAGCAGAGCUACCCCGAGAUCUUGCGCAGCAACCUCGCCAACACGGUGCUUGAACUGAAGAAGCUCGGCAUCUCAAAUUUGGUAACCUUCGACUACAUGGACCCGCCUGCGCCUGAGACCAUAAUGCGUGCGCUUGAGCUGCUCAACUACCUGGCCGCGUUUGAUGACGAAGGCAACUUGACCCCGCUGGGCGAGAUUAUGGCCGAUUUUCCGCUUGACCCUCAGCUGGCCAAGAUGCUCAUCGUCAGCCCCGAGUUCAAGUGCUCCAACGAGAUUUUGACGAUUGCCGCCAUGCUUUCGGUUCCAAACGUCUUUGUGCGACCCAAUUCGCAAAAGCAGCAGGCGGAUGCAGCUCAGGCCGAGUUUGCUCACCCCGAUGGGGACCAUUUGACGUUGCUCAACGUCUACCAUGCUUACAAGACCAACUGCCGUGAUAACAAGACGGCUGCCGACUGGUGCUGGCAAAACUAUCUGUCGCACCGUGCGCUAAUGCAGGCUGACAACGUGCGUUCGCAGCUGCAGCGUCUCAUGGAGCGUCACAACCUGGAUUUGGUCUCGACGCCGUUCGAGGACAAGCGCUACUACACCAACAUCCAGAUGGCGAUCGCUUGUGGCUUCUUCAUGCAGGUGGCGCACCGUGCUGGCGGCAACAAGAAAGCGUUCCAGACGAUCAAGGACAACCAGGUGGUCUCGCCACACCCCUCGUCGACGCUCGACCAUGCUGCCGAGUUUGUCAUAUACCACGAAUUUGUGCUGACCACGCGCAACUUCAUUCGCACCAUCACUGAGGUCAAGCCCGAAUGGCUGUACGAUUUUGCCCCUGCCUACUUUGACCCGAACAACAUGGACGGUGAAGUCAAGCGCAUCAUGAGCGCUCUCAAGGCUCGCAAGGAGAAGGGUGGUGCCACUGGCAAGCGCAGGUAA